AUGGCAACAGAGAUGAAAGCAAAGUCUGGAGAAGAAGAUAACAAGUUUGAGGUUCUUCCAGAGGAAUGCAUUGCUAAUAUAUUGUUGCUAACAGAUCCAGUUGAUUCAUGUAAGUUCUCCAUUGUUUCCAAAGAUUUUUGUUCUGCCUCUGAAUCAGACAUUGUUUGGGAACACUUUCUUCCAUCUGAUUUGAUCUCAAUCAUUUCUGAAUCUCAAUCUGGAUCCUCUUUGCUCGCCACCUCUCCCUCUAAGAAGUCUCUCUAUCUCACGCUCUCUGACAAUCCAAUCAUUAUCGACAAUGGUAAAAAGAGCUUUCAGUUAGAGAAACAAAGUGGAAAAAAGAUAUACAUGCUUAGUGCUAGAGAUCUCUCCGUCACUUGGGGUGACACUCCUACCUAUUGGGAUUGGAUAACUCUACCAGAGUCCAGAUUCCAAGAGGUUGCUAGGCUACAUUAUGUGUGGUGGUUUGAAAUUUAUGGGAAAAUCAACACACGUGUUUUGUCCUCAAAUACACAAUAUGCAGCUGUUCUCGUGUUCAAGUUGAUCGAUCCCCGUCAGUUUGAUGUUAUUCCCGUGGAAUUAACUAUAGAUAAAUUUGAAGACCGCAUAUCUACAAAACAAGUUUGGUUAGAUCCAAACUAUGAUAAGGAACGAGAUGAUGAGUUAUUAGGGUUAGAGAGUCCAAAACUGAGAAGUGAUGGCUGGUUGGAGAUUGAGAUCGGAGAGUUCUUCAGUUCAGGCGAACAAGAUGAAGUCAUUCAGAUUGGUGUCCUCGAGAUAAAGGCUGGUCGUUCCAAGAGUGGUUUCAUUCUUGAAGGAAUAGAAAUAAGACCUAAGAAUUAG